GAGCAUCAGCGUGAGUAGCUGCGAGCAGCCGCGGCGGCGGCGGCGCGUUGUUGCAGUUGCGCCAUCUGUCAGGAGCGGAGCCGGCGGGGAGGGGGCUGCCGCGGGAGAGGAGGAGGGGUCGUCGUGACCAAAGGCCAACGAGACCCGCCCGCCGGCCGGCCGCAAAAGCAGAGGCAGAGUGCCCUCCGAGCCGGGCGUUCUCUCCCGUCCGGGCGCGCGGCGCUUCAGCCAGCGCACCGAGAGCUCUCCGGGCGCACACAAAGCCGCCGCCCGCGCCGCACCGCCCGGCGGCCGCCGUCCACGCCAGGGAAGGAUCCGGCCGCCGGGCCGGGGACACCCGGCGCCGCCCCCUCGGCGCUCUCGGGAGGCCCACCGGCUCCCGAGCCCGGCGAGGAGCCACCGGAGCCGCCUCGGCCGCGCCGGAGGAGGGCGGGGAGAAGACCAUGUGAAUCGGCUCCGGAGCCUGAGCGCCGCGCAGUUUUUUGAAGAAGCAGGAUGCUGAUCUAGACGUGGAAAAAGACCGGUCCAUCAGCUGUAGAAGAAGACAUGUGGUGUAUAUAAAGUUUGUGAUAGUUGGGGGAAAUUUUGGAAUUUAGAUAAUGGGCUGUGUGCAAUGUAAGGAUAAAGAAGCAACAAAACUGACGGAGGAGAGGGACGGCAGCCUGACCCAGAGCUCCGGGUACCGCUAUGGCACAGACCCCACCCCGCAGCACUACCCCAGCUUCGGCGUGACCUCCAUCCCCAACUACAACAACUUCCACGCGGCCGGGGGCCAAGGACUCACCGUCUUUGGGGGUGUGAACUCUUCAUCACAUACCGGGACCUUGCGUACCAGGGGAGGAACGGGAGUGACCCUGUUUGUAGCCCUUUAUGAUUAUGAAGCACGGACAGAAGAUGACCUGAGUUUUCACAAAGGAGAGAAAUUCCAAAUAUUGAACAGCUCGGAAGGAGAUUGGUGGGAAGCCCGCUCCUUAACAACCGGAGAGACUGGUUACAUUCCCAGCAAUUAUGUGGCUCCAGUUGACUCUAUCCAGGCAGAAGAGUGGUACUUUGGAAAACUUGGCCGAAAAGAUGCUGAGCGACAGCUUUUGUCCUUUGGAAACCCGAGAGGUACCUUUCUUAUCCGUGAAAGUGAAACCACCAAAGGUGCCUAUUCACUGUCAAUCCGAGAUUGGGAUGAUAUGAAAGGAGACCAUGUCAAACAUUAUAAAAUUCGCAAACUUGACAAUGGUGGAUACUAUAUUACCACCCGGGCCCAGUUUGAAACACUUCAGCAGCUUGUACAACAUUACUCAGAGAGAGCCGCAGGUCUCUGCUGCCGCCUAGUAGUUCCCUGUCAUAAAGGGAUGCCAAGGCUUACCGAUCUGUCUGUCAAAACCAAAGAUGUCUGGGAAAUCCCUCGAGAAUCCCUGCAGUUGAUCAAGAGACUGGGAAAUGGGCAGUUUGGGGAAGUAUGGAUGGGUACCUGGAAUGGAAACACAAAAGUAGCCAUAAAGACUCUUAAACCAGGCACAAUGUCCCCGGAGUCAUUCCUUGAGGAGGCACAGAUCAUGAAGAAGUUGAAACACGACAAGUUGGUCCAGCUCUACGCGGUGGUGUCUGAGGAGCCUAUCUACAUUGUCACUGAGUACAUGAAUAAAGGAAGUCUACUUGAUUUCUUAAAAGAUGGGGAAGGAAGAGCUCUGAAAUUACCAAACCUUGUGGAUAUGGCAGCACAGGUUGCUGCAGGAAUGGCUUACAUCGAGCGCAUGAAUUACAUCCACAGGGAUCUGCGAUCAGCAAACAUUCUAGUGGGGAAUGGACUCAUCUGCAAGAUUGCUGACUUUGGAUUGGCCAGAUUGAUCGAGGACAACGAGUACACAGCAAGGCAAGGUGCAAAGUUCCCCAUUAAGUGGACGGCUCCCGAAGCAGCCCUGUAUGGGAGGUUCACGAUCAAGUCUGACGUGUGGUCUUUUGGAAUCUUACUCACAGAGCUGGUCACCAAAGGAAGAGUGCCAUACCCAGGCAUGAACAACCGGGAGGUGCUGGAGCAGGUGGAGCGCGGCUACAGGAUGCCCUGCCCGCAGGACUGCCCCAUCUCUCUCCACGAGCUCAUGAUCCACUGCUGGAAGAAGGACCCGGAAGAACGGCCCACUUUCGAGUACUUGCAGGGCUUCCUGGAAGACUACUUCACCGCCACAGAGCCCCAGUACCAGCCCGGUGAAAACCUGUGAGACCGGGGUCUGCAGAGAGAGGCCUUCCGGCGAGGCUUCCCCGCCCCCUCCCCAUUAGCUUUCAGUUCCGUAGCCAGCUGCGCGGGCAGUGCGAGCCGUCCCGGAUCAGAUUGCAUGUGACUCUGAAGCUGACGAACUUCCAUGGCCCUCAUUAAUGACACUUGUCCCCAAAUCCGAACCUCCUCUGUGAAGCAUACGAGACAGAACCUUGUUAUUUCUCAGACUUUGGAAAAUGCAUUGUAUCGAUGUGAUGUAAAAGGCCAAACCUCUGUUCAGUGUAAAUAGUUACUCCAGUGCCAAUGACCCUAGUGCUUUCCUUUUUUUAAAAUGCAAAUCCUAUGUGAUUUUAACUGUCUUCACCUGAUUCAACUAAAAAAAAAGUAUUAUUUUCCAAAAGUGGCCUCUUUGUCUAAAACAAUAAAAUUUUUUUUCAUGUUUUAACAAAAACCAAUCAAGACAGGUGUUUGGUUUUUUUCUUUUUUAUAAUAUGAAUAUAUAUAAUAUAUAUGUCCCUGUACAUACGCCAUGUGGGUGCUAAUGUGGAGACCAUGGCCCACUUGGGCCGUAACGCCUCGGGACCCAGAGUGAGGAUUUUACUGCCAAAUCAGCAUAAAAGCACUGCUGUCAUCCUGCAAACCAGUGGCCUCCUUUUUGGCUUUUGCAAAGCAUGAUCCUUUUUCUUUUUUCUUUUUUUUUUUUUUUAAUUUGGAUUGCACUUUUUUGGUUCAUGAUUGUACCUGUAGAUGGCUGUUCCUUUGACUCUUUUCAAGCAGCCCCGGAGCUGAAUUCCCAAGUUCUGUUUCCAGUAUUUGCUUUGACUUAACUGCGAUUUGUUCUCGAAGCCUAAAAGCAUAUUGAAGCAAGCAAAUGGCCAAUAACUACCAGGGGAACUGGAAGAUGGAUACCACACAUACUUCUUGUAUAAAAAUAUGAAUGCUGAAAUGUUUCAAACUUUUUUUAUUUAAUAAACCUUGUAACCGCAUUUAAAUGGUCUAAAACCCGUAGCAUUAGAGUCAUGUCAUGGCGACCUGCUAAACUUUCUCAUGCAACUAAAACUUCUGAGGGUGGGGGUUGGACAUUUCCCAUUGUAAAAUAAGUGUUUUAAACGUCCUGUACUGCUAAUGAAAUGACUUUCUCUAUGUCCAAGAAGUCUCCAGUGGAAUAACUAUGCACUACUUAACAUUUCAUGGGGAUGCACC